AUGGUAAGUAACCUACUCAAGUGCUUAACCACCGAUAGGGCGACCUUCAUACAUCUUCAGAUAAUCUACCAGCCCUUCCAGGGCUUGCUACCACCUUUACGGCCCAUUAUAGGUGUGGUAUCGGUGUUCUUCAUCUGCGUCUCGAUACUCUCGUUCUGCCUCAAGACGCACCCGGACAUGCGAGUCCCGGUCAUCAGGAACAUCACGGUCAACACCAGCGACAGCUCCUGGUCCUGGACCUUGGACAAAAACAUGACGAAUGCUCACAUCGCCUUCUUCUACAUCGAGUGCCUCUGCAACGCCUGGUUCACCUUCGAAUUCUUCGUCCGAUUCAUCGCCUGCCCCAACAAGUGUGACUUCAUCAAGUCAUCCGUCAACAUAAUCGAUUACGUCGCCACCCUCAGCUUCUACAUCGAUCUCAUAUUGGCAAAGUUUGCCAAGCACCUCGAAAACGCCGAUAUAUUAGAAUUCUUUUCGAUAAUCAGGAUAAUGAGGUUGUUUAAAUUGACGAGGCACUCUUCCGGCCUCAAGAUUCUAAUACAAACAUUUCGGGCCUCGGCGAAAGAGUUGACCUUAUUAGUUUUCUUCCUCGUCCUGGGGAUUGUGAUAUUCGCUUCGCUGGUGUACUACGCGGAGCGCAUCCAGGCGAACCCGGACAACAACUUCCACAGUAUCCCCCUGGGCCUGUGGUGGGCUCUGGUCACGAUGACCACGGUGGGGUACGGGGACAUGGUCCCCAAGACCUACGUCGGGAUGUUCGUGGGUGCGCUGUGCGCCCUGGCGGGUGUGCUGACGAUAGCCCUCCCCGUGCCCGUCAUCGUCUCCAACUUCGCCAUGUACUACUCGCACACCCAGGCGAGGGCGAAGCUGCCGAAGAAGAGGCGGAGAGUGCUGCCCGUGGAGCAGCCUAGGGCCCCGCGACUGCCGGCCCAGACCUGCCCCAACACUCAGGCGCCCCAGGCCAUCGCGGCGCAGAACAGGAGGAUGAACGCCAUCAAAGCCAACCAUCCCAAGGAUCAGCAGCCUCCAAAGAUGGGUGAGUAUCUCCAUCGCUAUCUAAAAUAA